AUGACGGAUGGGCCGGGAGGCAAAUUAUUCCCGAUGGAGGCGGGUGGGCCCAUGCAGGGAAUAUAUAGAGUAGACGGGUGGGCCGAGGUAGUUGGAUAUUAUGCAGAUGGGUGUAUUAAGGUAGAUGUGUAUGAGAUAGAUGGACAUGAUGGAGCUGAGGUAGUUGUACAUCAACCAAAUCAGAGGAGAAUUUGGAAUCCGGGGUGCAAAGCUUGUGUUGCCCUACGAGACACCAAGUUCCGACCACCCAAAUUUGGGUCAACCGUACCGACUUCUGAGUUCCAGGACCCAGGAGUCGACAAAUAA